GUUUGUUAUCACGUUGGAAUGAAAAAAGUAUAGAUCAUUCACCAAAAAAAAAAAAAAGUAGAUCCAAACUAAGGGGAGAGGCGAUUCAUUCAGUAAUGGUUUCCUUGUAGAUGAGAUUAGAUCUUCAAAAAUAAAAAAAUAAAAAAAAUAAAAAAAUUCCCCCGACCGGAGAUGCAUCAUCAUCAUAGGCUCGAGCUGAGCUAACCACCUCCUCCUAUGAUUCAUUUGAUCUCCCACCACUGGGCAUACUCUACUCCCUCUCAUCAACAACUUUCUAAACCAAGAAUCCUCUCUCUGCUGUAAAAUACAGUAUUAAUUACAAAUUUAAUCAAAACCCCCAAACAUGGGCUCUACCCAGUCCGCCCAAGUCCCCUCCUCCUCCUCCUCCGACGACGACGACGAGGACGACCCAGAAGAACACGAAGAAGAAGAAGAAGGAGAACACGACCAUGAUUCGAAUCUAAUUAUGAACAACACCCACCACGGUGGCGUCUCUGAUGGGGGUCCACUCCUCAAGAAAGUUCUUCAAACCCAGGAGCCCGAAAUGUUACCUUGCCAUUCUUCGGCUUCCCCUCUUUCCCCUCAGCUCUCCUCUUUGGGCACUCCCCGACUUGGACCCUCCAUCAAGGUGUGGGACCCUUACAAUGUCUUGGCUCCUCCUCCCUUAUCCUCCUCCUCCUCCCCGGAUGUGUCCCGCCUGCUCAUGGACGACGACCCUCACCCACCACCCCCCAUCUCCACCCAGGUCUUUCUCAUUUCUCACGGUGAGUGUCUUAUGAAUUUGCGCCCUGAUUUGAUCUCCGGCAGGUCCCCCGAAGCUGCCCUUACUCCUAACGGCAAGCGCCAGGCUAGGGCUCUCGCCGUCUUCUUCAAGUCCCAGGGUGUCAGAUUCAAUGCCGUUUAUUCCUCGCCCUUGGAUCGGGCUCGUGCCACUGCCGCACUCCUCUGCCAGGAAUUGAAUUUUUCAGAGGAACAGAUACAAUCUUCAGAUGCAUUGAUGGAAAUGAGUCAGGGUCAUUGGGAGGGUUGUCACCGAUCCGAAAUAUAUACUGCCGAAACGCUGAGCUUAAUGGAUCGGCUACAGCCGGAUUUUGCAGCACCGUCUGGAGAAUCAUUGAGGCAGGUGGAAUUCCGAAUGGUUCAGUUCCUAAAUGGAACUAUUUUGGCAUUGCCUGAGAAAUUCAGAGCAGAUUUUUCACCUCCAGAUUCUCAGACCGAGAUGCAAGUUGGUUUCCCACGUGCACGUGGAUUCACAAACUCCAUUCACGACCCAAAUCCACCAUCUCAUUGGACGGGGCAUGGACAUCGGAUGCCGGGUCUGUCACGAAAAAAGUCUGGUAAAAGUAGGCUUCAAGUAGUGACGACAACCGGAGACCACGAAGCUGACGAUGAGAUGUCUCCUCGACCACCACCGCUUCCAUUGAACAACCACGGGGAACCGGUUCGUGAAAUGAACUUGGUGAGGAAUAACUCGACGUGUGUGGCUGUUUUCACGCAUGCAGUGCCCAUAAAGUGUCUGGUCACAGGGAUACUUGGGUGCAGCGCAGUCAUGUCGCAUAAAAUAUGCAUAGAAGAUUCUUCAGUUACAGUUUUGCAGCACUCGUGGAAAAUGGGAUGGCAAAUCAAAAGAUUGAAUGAUACUGCGCACCUCAGGCUGCUGUAGUACGCUUGUGAGUUGAAUUUGUAAGAUUUUUGAAGUCACAUUGUAUCCCAUGGGUUGGUUGGUGAGGGCAGAUGUCAAAUUCACAUUGUGUCCAAUGGGUUGGUUUGGUCUGGGCAGAUGCUGAUGGGUCGGGUUACCCCGGGGUCACACAUGGGCGACGUGGUGAUCGCACUUGGAUAAAAGAGAGAGUUGGUGUUUGCGCUUGUCGGACACACUUCAUGCGCCAAGUGAGGAUGAGAUUCAUUUGGGUUAAGUAUAUUAGUUAGUGUUUUGUUAGCUAUGUAGGUUUCCAUAUUUUUUUUGAUUAAUCAGAUUAUUGGAACAUGUAUGGGAUUCAAGUGUUGGGGGGGGAACCUCUUGAAACUACUGUGUUGGGGGAAUGAGAAGUAUUACUGUGAUACUGAGUUUCAUGUGUAAGGCAUACACAGUUUUGUUGUGCCACUGUUAGAUUAGGUUGAAAGUGGUUGAUGAUCAUGUAUACAAUAAUGUGGUAUUUUACGAUAUGACCAAUUGUAUGAUUCGACCUAAUUUAGUGGAAGGUAACUCAUUGCAAGUUUGCAACUUUGUUUGUGAUUGUAUUCCGGAAGUGAUGAAUAAGGUGUGUUGAUCGAAAUGCUGACGACUUUUAUUUUCUCUGUA